UAAACAACCGCCAUUUUCAAAAUGGCUACCGUAGAUGAGCUAAAAAACGGUAAGAAAGUGCUGAUUUAUUUUGGCAGAUUUCCCAUUGUUCAUCGGUUAUUGAAGGCACAGAUUUCCUUUAUUAUCUUUCUCAUCAGUUUUAAAAGAAACUUUAGAAAACAGAGGCGUUCUUGGUCAAAUUCGAGCUCGAAUUCGAGCGGAAGUCUUCAGCGCAUUGGAUGAUCAGGUUGGAAGCUAUAAACUAUCAUAAGAGCCAGAAGAACAUGGACAUGAAGUACAUGAAGUUAAGCUCUCGUGAAUUAAAUAAGUCUUUUUGCUAUUUAUAGACUGAAGCAAGACCGACACUAUCAAAUGAGAAUCUUCUCAUUAAUGAAUUGAUCAGAGAAUACUUGACGUUCAACAAGUACAAAUACACAGAAUCUGUGCUUUUAGCAGGUACAUUGAACACUUAUGUCUUGUUUUUUGCGAGUUCAUUUUUUUCUCCAAGUGACUGAAUGCUAAUAGUGAUAAUUAUAAUAAUAAUACCCAUCAAAUUGUUUCCUAUCCUAGAAAGCCUGGACCCUCAUAAAUCAUAAACUAACCUAAAACCUGGACCAAAUGUCUUAAUUCUUUUCUUAAACUCUUCACUUCAAGUAUACCCACCUUUUAUUAGGCAGCCUAGGUCUCCCAAGUGCUUUAACUGUUGGAACACAUUUCAUUUUACAGUAUUGUUCCAUUUGUUCCCUUCCCCACAGAAACAGGCCAGCCUAAGGAUCCAAUGGACAGACAGUUUCUUGUUCAGGAGCUUAACAUCACAGAAGACCAGACUGCAUCACCUUCCAUGUAAAGUGAAAAAUGUUUCUUUUCUGAACGCAAUAAGUUGUUUCAAGACUGUUACUCGGCUCAUUGCUAUAAUUCUCCUGCAAAGCUAAAUGCUGUGAGAAAAAUAUUUUUUCUCCUUCUACAUAUUUGUUUGUGGAGGUGUGUGCGGAAGAGCGGUUAACACCUCGAACUCUGGAUAUGGAGCUCUAGGGUUCAAGCCACACCCUUCAUGUUGUUUCCUUAGACAAGGAACUUUACUCAACUUUGUCUCUCUUCACCCAGAUGUAGUAAUGGGUACCAGUGACAAACUGCUGGGGGGUAACCCUGCGAUGGACUAGCAUCCCAUCCAGGGGGGAGUAGCAAUACUCCUAGGCUUGCUUCUUGCUACGGAAACCGGAAAUAAGCUCUGGCCGUGUGGGCCUUUGACUCGUGUGCGCCUUUACCUUACCUUAAAGUUUUACAUAUUUUGUAGAGAGCUCAAUACUACCCUAAUGAAAUCCUCAGCGUGUCCUAUGUUUCUAGUUUAAUGCAAAAACUGAGAUUUUCUAGUUGCCCAAAGCCAAAGGCAAGUUACGAUGGGACCCUGCUGGACCACAUACUUAUACCUGUGUUGAGAUUCCAGGAAGAAUCAAUCCAUCUUUCUUUCUCCCACUUUUUUCUCCUUCUCCUAAAUGUAUGUUACAUUUACAUUUUAUCAUUUUUACAUAUGAUCACUCUAAUGGACAAAGUUUUCUUGUAGGCCCCUUUUGUAUGAGAUGUUGGCUUAUUUUCUCCAAGGGGGCCACAGAGAGGGAAGAAGAUUGAGAGGUUUGAGAGAUGAGUCGCUACAACCUCGUACUGCAGGUAAUAUACAGUCAUAAAUACCUCAAUCAGUGUCCCCCUCAGCCUUAAGAAAUGGGUUGUAUAGAGUUUCAAACAUCUUGCUUGAACCCAUAAGCAUCCCAGCCCACACUUAUUAGACUUAUUAUGGGCUGGAAUCCCCUUUUCCAAGUCCUUAUAAGUGUAACACUGUUAUGAAACUGCCACCAUGACACUUAAACACUCGUCAAGAGAGAAUAAUGUCUAGCCCUAAGAAUAUGUGCAUUUCACAAAAGUCUUUUUAGACCAAUAAUAUUAAACACUUAAAUUAAUUGGAAGUUGGUUUCCGGAGGGAUCUGCAAAGUUUUAUUCAGUGUUGUCAAGAGAGAAUUCAAUAGUCGCCAUUACAAUAGUCCACAUUUUUUGCUUUUGAUCGGGAGUCAACAGGACUUGAUGCAAACGUCCCAUUCACAUAUUGCAGCCAAUGCCCUAAGAUUUCCUCUCUGUCCCAUGAUUCUCUCUUGCACUUGUACAACAGUGAACAAACAGUGAACAUAGUCUAUAGGUGCAUUCCAUUGGGAUGAUCAAAGCUGUCAUCAAGAGCCGGGGGCCGGGGAUUUCCCCCCGGCUACUAUGAAUGUGGUCCCUGGCUUCUUUCAUUGGAAAAAGGAAGAAAAGUAGAAGUAAAAGAAACUCCUAGCUGUUUGAUUCACCGUCCAGUUGUUGUAUUUACCCGGCAACUUGAAAUCUUAGUGACAUCCCUGGAUGAUCAGGAUCAGUUGAUCCUAGUGAUCCUGGAUUACUGAUCGUGAUCUGGAUCAUCUCAAAGGAAUGCAUGUACCCUAUAUGUAAUACCUCCCAUAGAGCCUGGAGUACCUUGGGCAAUGGGGUACCAAUAUAAUAAUCAAAUGCCCCUCCCAAAGAAGAAAAGUCUUCAUAACUUUUAUUGGGAUUAUAUUAAAAGAAAAUCCUUUUGUUUUUCCUCUUAAGAGUAGUUCCUACCUCAUGAAGUACACAUUUUCAUGUUGCAUAUCUGCAUUAUUGUUCUCUGUCUUCCCUCAAUCAAAGAUUUGCUUUCAUUUUUAUGCUUUCGAAGGUGAUCUUUAUCUGUAAAUAUGUUUGCAUCAAACACUGCAAUGUUGAUACCCCUCAAAAUAAAUUAUUAUUUCUUCUUACCAUUUUUUGUCUGUAUUUUUUCUUUUAACAGAAUUGCGACAGAGAAGACAUCCAGAUGGGUUGCUGCACACACAGGACAGAGGUACUCUUUACUCUUUAUUUUCAUAGAAGAUGUGCUUUUUUAACCUGCAUACUAGCAUUGAUUUCCUUUCCAAAACACAAGAAGGCAGGUGGUGUAAUAUGCAGUUUUGAAGUUCUUUCUUGCACCCCAUGAUCUCCCACCCCAGGAAAUGACUGCUAUGAAGGCUUGUGCUGAGAGCAUCUUUUAUUUUUUGAAAGGUUGAUGGGUUGUCAGGACUCCUAUUACAAUCCUGGCACAUGUAUUGUCAUUCUAGAGAACUACUUCCUUUCUUUUGACUUUGUUGACUUGCAUAAUAUUAUGUACACAUCACGUAACCAGCAUUAGAAAAAAAGAAAAGCUAAACUAAUGGGGUUUAUUUAGGGUUUAUUUAGUGUGACUGUAGUAAUGCAGGGGUGACACAGCCAGAGGAAGGUCAGGAAAUAACAGUCUUUUAAAGGUCAAGAAACAGCCAGGGAAAUUUUUGAAAAGUCAAGUAGCAUCUUAAGAGGGACCCCUCCCUAAAAGCAACACCCACAUGUAGACUGUGGUCAGUCCUCACUGCCCUUCAGUUAUCUUCUUUGACUCUCUUUAAUAUGGACAGCUCUCAGCUCUAAGAUGGUCGUCACUUAGGCCCAGUUUAGACGCCGAACUUUUUAUAAGCCGAACCUAACAAAUUGAAUUAUGUACAGGAAAAGUUCGGCGUCUGAAUCGAUAAGGAACGCCUAUUUCAAUUUUGGAACGGUUCAGUCGUUCUUCCCUCCUUGCCCGGGCCGGGAAUUACAACUUUGGAACGACUUUGAUUCAAAAGUCAAACUUUCCAUACGCCGAACCUAAUGCAUAAAUUAACAUAACGUAUUUGGCAAGAAGUUUAACUCAGAGAGCAUUUUUCUCCUUUUAAUUUUAAUUCGGCUGGAAGUAAGAUCGGUUUCUUAAUCAAUUAACCUGGUCUAAAUAAUUUGGGUCGGCUUUAAUUCAAAGUGGGUGCGGUUCAGGAAAAGUCCGGCGUCUGUACCUGUCCUUAGAGCCUGUCACAAUAUAACCUGCCAUCAGGCGGUCCUUCUUUCACGCUCCCCAGAAAAGAAAAGAAGAAAAGAACGCCUGAUCGCAAGUUAGUCCCAGUGCUGCAACACCGCACUGUCAAGUUUAAGAGAGUUGACUGAGUGUAUUCUAUGUUCUUUUUUUUCUGUCACUUGUCAAGCAGAUGAAAGAAGACUUCAUUCAAGCUUUGGUCAUGACCCUGAACCUGUUAUUGUACGAGGAGGGAGAAGAUGACGCCCGAUAAAUAAUGCCCAUUAAGACAAAAAAAGAGAACGACUCGAGAAAAGCAGCAAGUAUUAGGCAAAAUUGUAGGAUAUUCAAUUCUGUGAACUUUAUUCCUUGCUUUUCUAAAAGCACCAAUAAUUUGCUCUCACAAUAGUAAUAAAAUGUUGCAUAUUUUUCUGUAUAUGUAGCAAGUAACACCCUUCGAGAAGUUUGUAACAUUGGCUAAUAGUCGGUCUAAGAACGAAUACUAUAGUAACUGAACAUUCCAGUGCAACUGUUAAAUUUAGUGGACCAUCUCUCAGCCAGCAACAAAGAAGUUUCAUUUUAUUUCAGCGGUGUUCAAGAACGCUUUAGCAUGAUAAAAAAGAGUACCAAGUUUUAGAAUGAUAUGUUGGAUAUUAAAG